UUGUAGCUUGACAGCGCAGAAAUCUGUAGCUUUGUGCUGUUUUAUUUUCAUUUCGAUUGAUGCGCUGGUGUAUUUUUAUUAAAUUUUAGUGAUAAAAUGAACUAAAAUCGCUAUUUAUACUAAACUAAAACUGUGCGCUACACAAAAUGAAAUUUACGAGAAAAUAGUAGCAUAGAAUUAAAACGUAAUUUCUUAUUAAAUGUGAGAGAAAAAUACACAACUAAUAAAAGCGAAAAACGAAAUUGCGACACUCCACCCAAACGCCGAAUUGGCAGAAGCAGUUUGCAUAGAUGAAUUUUUCUAGCUGAAACAUAAAGAGCAGACCAUCUCUCAAGGAACGCACAAUAAGCGCGACGACAACACAACAUAAAUUUGAAUUACAACAAUAGGAAAGCGUAAAAAGAUUGCAAUUGCAUUAUGAAGCGGCAGCGGCCGCCGUUAUGGCCGCGACUGCUACUCCACACACUCGGCUGGUUGUAUGCCUUUCAAGCGCUAUGGCAAUACAGUAACGCUAUACAUUUAACAGGCACUUUUCAUACUGGUGAUUUUUUCAAAGUUAUUACCAAAUUUGGUUUCCAAAAAGCCGAAGCAACAGCACCGCACGGCGGUUCCUUCGGCUACAUAUACGGCAACAUUACAACAUCCGAUCAGUUUGCGCAACCCAUUUCGCUGGUCGUGCUGGACAAGGCGGCUUUUGUUGAUUUCUAUAGCAACCGUAGCUAUGAUGACCACGAGUUAGCGUGUCAACGUAUGUUUGCGCAUUUGCAGCCACUGGUCUAUGAUGAGGCAUGCAACAAGCAGGGUAAACGCGAUUUCGUACGGCGUGUGCCGUGUAAACACGGGCAGCUUUGUGCAGACGAGGAUACGGCCGCAAAUGUGAUAGCAGAACAUCAGUUCACCUACACUAUCAGCGAGGUGUCGGAGCCUAGAUUCUGGUAUGUCGCGCUGACUGCCUGCUAUCGCAAUCGCACCACCUGCAAAUGGCAUGUAUACGAUCGUCUCAAAAAUCAGAAUGCAGCCAAUGUGGUUAACGAAUUUCUUGCAUCACCCUACGGCAUACUCCCACCACCCACGCCCGCUCUCAACUACGAUAUAUACGUUGUCAACGGGCAUCCCAAUAAUUCCGCUGCUCAUCCACUCACCUUUCAGUUCUCAUUCGAUCAGCAAAAUUUGCUCGAAAUGUAUUUGAUUUUCUUGCUAGUCUAUAUGGUGCUGCUGCCGGUGCAAAUAUAUGCGGUGCGUUUGCAAAAACAUCCAGUAACUCGACUCUUCACGCUCAGCUUGGCGAGUGAGUUUGUCAGUUUAGCUUUCAUUACGGCGCAUUUGAUAAAGUUCGCCAUGAAUGGAGUUGGUAUGCCGAGCAUGCAGACUGCUGGCGACAUAUUGGAUAUCUUUAGUAGAACCACUUUUAUGUUAAUCUUGCUGUUGCUGGCUAAAGGCUGGGCCGUGACACGCCAGCAAAUCAACCGCACUGGUUGGAUAAUACUGAUGAGUAUUUGGGUUCCCUAUUGUGCAUUUCAAAUGUUCCUCUAUGUGUGGGAUAAGACGGAGGUGGAUAUUAUUUCGGACAUCGAUGAAUACCAAACUUGGCCGGGCUGGAUUGUUUUGAUACUACGCACAUCAUUCAUGACAUGGUUCCUCUACGAACUUCGCAACACUAUGAAAUAUGAGCACUCCACAAAAAAGCUCGAUUUCCUAUUACACCUAGGCGCAUCCAGUCUGGUGUGGUUCAUCUACUUGCCCAUUGUCGCCAUUGUAGCGCUGCAGGUGAGCCCCAUGUGGCGCUAUAAACUACUACUCGGCAUAACCAAUUCAGCUGACUGUCUGGCAUAUUGCGUAAUGACGGGACUGCUGUGGCCUAAUCGAUCGGGACAGUAUUUACUGUUAGCCGGCAAUAAGUACACAGGCAUGGAUGAGCUGGACGAAUUCAAUGAAGCGCCACAUAUUGUGCGCGAACGUGAACGUCAACGCAAUUCACCCGAUGCGGUGGUCAUCGCCAAUGGUGACAUUGCGCAUGCGAACAUCAACGGCAUCAGCGGUGUUGCAACGGCAGUGGGCGGUGCGAACAAUUUGAUGCUAGCAUCUAAUUCUGUAAACGGUGACACAUGCGCGGAGCUGUUGGAUGCAGAGGAUCUUGAUGCGGUACUGCUAACCGAUUUGAAUAAGAAUAGUCAUGUUGUGGCAUAAGUGCUAAACGGCCCUUGUAUGUGCAUGAGUAGUGUGCAAAAACAAAUAUGAUAUACUGUAAACGCCUGAAUGUAUGUAGUUUUGUGAGCUCAUUUGCGUGCACUCGAAGUUUUUCAAACAAUGGAAUUAGUAACUAUCUACAUGCAUACAUACAUAUACCUAUAAGCGGGAGAGAUUAAGAGCGUAGGAGGUGAAGCGCAGAAAAAAGAAAGUGAAAUUUUGAUGCGCGCUGGUCGGGUAGAAAACAAUGUAACGAAAGUCUUUGUGCGUCGUAUGUGAUGAUUUUAUGAUUUUUUACAUGUAAACACAAUGUUAUUGUAUUUAUUACUACAAACAAAUUGCUUUAGUUUUGUAUGAUACUUUAUUAUUCUAAUUAUCAAUACUUUUACAUUACAUUAGUUUUUAGUUUAGUUAUAAUAUUUACAACAAAACCUUGUAAUCAACAUAUAACGAUUGUGUGAUGAGUCAAGUACACGUAGGUACGCGUAUGUUUAUAAAUAAAAAGAGAGAAGUUUUAUAAAUUACGAAACAAACAAACAAAAAAUCAUUAUUGCUAUGCACUUGGUUAAAGCAUAACAACAUUAAGUCUAAGGUACACAUUUCAUAUUGUAUGCGAUUAAAAUUACAAUACUUUACGUAACUUAGCAUAUUAAGCACUGUUUGAAUGAGCAACGUACAUACAUAGAUAUGUAUUUGGAUAGUUAAGUCGGUAGUUAUAUAUCUUAGUGGCAAAGGAAGAAACCGAAAGAAACACAAUAUAGAUAACAGAAAAUAUGCUGCAAGUACACAACGACUUUGGCAGCCUUGUGCUAUAUGGACUUUGUAAAAUGAACUUAUGAUUAUUACCGAAACAAAUUAAAUUUGAAAAUAUUGUAACGAACAUUUAAUAAAAUCAACAAAGUAUGCAUUACUCAGUGAUAAUCGCAUAUACCUAAAGAAGUGUCAAAUUAUAUUUGUAAAUUGCACAAUUUUUUGCAUAUGUAUUGUAUAUUUAGUGCGUGAAGCAAACCCAACCCGCCCCCCCUACUAAAAAUAGCAAGCGAAAUGUAAGCUAGAAGAAUAUAUAGUAUAACGGUAAAGUGGAGCUAAAGAAAUUUGCGCUAAGGAGUGUUAAUAGCAGAAUAAGAAUAAGAAAAGAGGGUUUAAAAAUAAAUGCAAAAUAAAAGAAAUAAAAUUUAAUGAAAUGAGAAUAAAAUUUAAAGAAGUGAGAAUAAAAUUUAAUGAAGUGAGAAUAAAAUUUAAAGCUAAAACUUAUGAAAAAAAUUUUAGAAAAAGUCGAUACACAAAAAAAAAACAUUUACAGAAUAAAAUGGUCAACAAAUAACUGCAAUAAAAACGGAAAGGCCGAAGCAAAAUAUUCUCAAAAAUUGCUGAAGAAAAUUAAUUUAAAAAUAUUAAAAAAGGGUAAUCUAGAGUGAAAGUAAAUUAAAAGGUGAAAAAGUCACUAUGUUGAAAAAGGCGAGCUGAAGCAUAAAAUUCUCUAAAAACUGCUGAAGAAAAUUAAUUUAAAAAUAUUCAAAAAAAAAAAAAAGAAAUCUAGAGCGAAAGAAAAUUGAAAGGUCAAAAAAUCCAAGGCGCAUUUAUUAAAGGUGAUGGCACUAGACCAGGCCCGUGCUAAGACCCUCAGAUUUAGAGGGGAUCCAACUUUUGUUGCAGUGCCAAUUUUUUGUUUUUUUCAUAUCGAUUCAUGUUUGAACCCUGCAAACGCCCCCGUGCGUACGGGCCUGCACUAGACCAACAACAAUGUUUUGUAGUUCGAUUUUCAAAGCAAAGUAUUGGAAAAGUAGAAAACAGAAAAUUAAUUCGCCUCGUUUCAUUCUGUGCUGUCAGCCAUAUGGACACAGCGAAAACAAAAAACAAAUUAGCUGAUUUACCAACGUCACCUUAAAUAGAUUCGCCUUGAAAAGAUCAGUACGUUGAAAAAGGAAGCUGAAGCAUAAAAUUCUCUAAAAAAUGCCGAAGAAAAUUAAAUUGAAAAUAUUAAAAAAAAGGAAAUCUUGAGCGAAAGAAAAUUAAAAGGUCAAGAAAUUACUACUUUGGAAAAGGGAGCAGAAGCAUAAAAUUCUCUAAAAAAAAAGUUGAAAAAAGUUAAUAGAAAAAUAUUCAAAAAACAAAAAUGAGUACUAAGAUGAAGAUAUAAAUUCAAAGAAAUAAAUAAAAGGGGUACAAAUGACUAGAAUAGAAAAGGGAGUUGAAGCAAACAAUUUCACAAACUUUGCUGAAGAAAUUUAAUUUAAAAAUCAGGAAAAAUGCUAAAAUUAAGUCAAACAUUAACAGAAAUAAACAAAAGAAGUAAAAAAUCGCUAGAAUAGUAAAGUUUGUGCCAUUCAUAUGACAGCCGGUUAUACGUUACCGGAAUGACUCGGGUUCCGACCAAGGGCUGCCGUCCCAGUAAACUAGCCAUAUCUAGUGAAGCGUUUACCAUCCCCGUGAAUUGAAGCAAAAAAUUCACCAACUAUGCUGAAGAAAUUUAAUUUAAAAUCAGGAAAAAUGCUAAAAUGAAAUUGAAAAUUAACAGAAAUAAAUAAAAGGUGUAAAAACUAACUAGAAUUGAAAAGGAAUGGAAACAAAAAAUUCACAAACAAUUCUGAGAAAAUUAAUUCAAGAAAUCGGAAAAAGCUAAAUUUGAGGUAAAAAUUAACAAAAAAAAACAAACAAAUUUGUUUGUUUUGUUUUUUUUGUUCCUUUUUUUUCGCCGUGUACAUUCUGAUGUCAGCACAAGAUGGAAUUAUGAAACGUAUAACUUACCAACGCGCAUUCAUUAAAGGUGGUGGCACUAGACUAAAAACAAUAUUUUGUACGUUUAAUUGUCAAAGCAAAGUAUUGGCAAAUUAGAAAACAAAGAAUGAAUUCGCCUUGUUUCAUUUUGAGCUUACAGUCACAUGGACACGUCGAAAGAAAAAAAAACCAGCUGAUUUACCCUCAUCAUCCAAGACAAAUUGAGUACUAUAGGUGAGGCGUUCCCAAAACAGUUACUUUAUUUUUCACUAUUUUGACAAGUCUGACGUCAGUUCCCUUUCCAAUAUAAAACAAACAAAAGUAAGAGAAAUUACAUGUUUUUGAAAAUUCAGUGAGUGGCUUGGAAGUUUUGUGAUUUGUGAGAAUUUAAACUAAACAAACCAUUGAAAUCGAAAUGCCACGUGAUUUGUACUCAAUAGUACUCAAUUCGCCUUGGAUACCACCUGUAAUAGACUCGCCUCGAAAUAAACGCAAAAUAUUAACGAAAACAUCUAAAGCAAAAUGGCGGCGACAGAGUCAAACUUCGAAAUCGCUUAUAAAUCAAAUUUGGCAGAAAUUUUGCCUUUUGAAGCAUUUUUUUUGUUUCACUGUGCAGCAAUUUGAGCGUCAUUUUUUGGAGGCGGAAUGGCGCCAUCUCUGCAUGAACCCCUACACCCUCAAAUUGGUUGUGUGUUCUUGGUACAAAUUUCUUUUCAUUGGUCAGUUUAACCCUCUGUUGGGUACCUGUUUUAAAACCUUUGGCUGGGCAGCCGGGUAUGGCAUUUUUUCGUCCUGUUCGACGAUUUUUUUUAAAGGUUCUGACGUCCGAAGGUUAUAUCCAUAAAUCGAUAGCAAAUUAUAUUUUAUGGAGCUACCAGCAAGCUAAAGUCUCAAGGCUUUUUUAGCUGUAAUAGAAAUUUGUUAAAUUCACGUUCAAAGUAGAAAAAGUCUGGCUAGACCCAGGUGCCCACCUGAAGGUUAAAUUUGCAAUAUUAUGCUGAAGUGUUUUUAGAAUAAAUGAAAACAAGAGUUAAAAUACAUAUCGGAGAGAAAUGUGUUGUUAAGUUGCAUGUUGUAAAAUUUUACGAGAAAUAAUUUUAUAGAACAUUUUAGCCCAUUAACUCUCUGUUGAAAGGUUAAUUUUGGCCCCUCUUUUAGAGAGCUUGAAUAAAAUCGUAUUUUGAAGGUCGCCAGAGGCUUACAUGUUUUAUAAAAUUGUUUCCCAUAAAAUUUCGAUAAGGGGACAGACAAAGAAUCUGUAAGUACGUGAAAUUGAAGUUUUACUAUAUGUAUGAGUAUAGUUUGUUGUUGUUGUAGUAGUAUAAAUAUUCCCCAUAAAUACA